AUGGUCUUUGGCGCAGAUGGACAUGAUGCCCGGCCAAACUUCACUUACUGUGGUGAGCGAGUGGGGCGUGAAUGCCUCUGUGCUCUGCUGGGGAUUGGCGUGAACCGUUUACGCAAAGCUUUCAACAUGGUCCCAGACCUCAGAGUGGGCAAGGACAAGAGCGGCAGUCACGAAAACACCUUCAGUGUGGAUGCCUUUCUUUCCAUGCUGUACAACAAUGUUGCAGAAACCCUUCCAGAUCGGUUUGUGCGCCGGGGGCGGGCAGCUUCAAAAGAUGACCCUGACUUUGAUGUGUCUGGUGAUGAGGGGGAAGUCGACGCCCUGCGUGAUUGGCUGGACGACCCAGGGAAGGGGCCAAUUUGGGAGGCUUUCCAGCCUGACAGCAAGAAGGUCACCAAGUUCUUGGCGCCUGGGACAGUGACUGACCUUUUUACCCAUUAUCAGGCGACGCGACAGCUCUAUGGGGCGACCGCUGUGUCGUAUACGACUUUCCUUCGUGUCUAUCAGACCCGGUGGCAGGACAUCUUGAAGUUCCGACAACGGAGCAUGUUCACGCAGUGUGAACUAUGCUUUCACUUCAAGGACGCCAUAGCAAAUGCCCCAACGAUGGAGGCUAAGCUUGGAGCUUUGGUGGAGUACCGGAAGCACCUCGCUUCGCAGUAUGCUGACAGGUCUAUUUGUUGGAUGCUUCAACAGCUUUCCCUGGACCCUAUGAGUGAUGUUGUAAUCAUGCAAAUCGAUGGCACGGACCAAGCAAAAUUCAAGCUUCCCAGAGACCCGAAACUGCGGGCCACAGCGAGCCUGGCGUCAUAUGUCAGGCCGAACUUGAAGCUUCAUGGCCUCUGGAUCUUUGGAGCCUCGGCUAGACUUAAGUUUUGGACAUUUUGGACCAAAAACCCCUUCUUGCAAAACAAUGUUGGGUUGGGCCCUGAUCAGGGUAUUCCCUUGAGCUGCAUGUCAUGGACGAACCCACCCGUCAUGACAGCACUGCCGUUGUGGAAAUUAUCGGGCAAGGAUUGGAGCGUGUUGCAUCUAUCUGUCAAAAACGUGGUGUCAGCAUGCCCAGCAAGGCAAUCAUUUUUGGAGAUAACACUGUUCGGGAACUCAAAAACCAGUAUUGCUUCGACUACAUGA